GCAUAUAGAUAUAAUGGCAUAAGGGAGAGAACAACGGUGGAAGGAAAGGUUCGAAGAAAUAUUUAAUUUCGCAAAGAAGGCCGGAAGAGUUAUCUGAAUUAGUGAUCCAAAAAUGACGGGGGGAGGGUAAUUAUCUAGGCGUUAUAUAACGCUAAGGAGAGAUCGAAGGCGCGCACACCGCCCAUCCAAAACCCGGUGGAAUUUACUUAAGGAGAGGAGGAAAAAAAACACCUUGGCGCACACCAAAAAAUCUCGGCGUUAUCGGAGCGCGUGAUCGCGCGGAAUCUGCGGAAGCGGCGAGCCUGUCAUUCGCCGAAUCGCACGGAUUGGUACUAUUGGUAGACCAAAUGGGACUCGCAUCGCCCAGCCCCGCGUCGUCGGUGUCCCCGAGCGAUCCGCUCCCGCGUCCGACGACGUAACUGACGGCCGACGCCGCCGUCGGCAGUGUGCACGUCGGCCGACUAAUGGGGAACGAGAAGAGUGCUCUGCGCGGCCUCGAGAUCGAGGACAAGGCCGUCGAGGUGACGGACUACUGGAUGCACCACGAUGCGAGCGUGCGCGACUCGAGCCUGCAGAGACUGUCCAUCUUCAUCAGCGAGCCGUCCUUGCACUUCGCGGCGACGUUCGGGAGACCAUCGCCUUUGGAGCGAGCGGCAAAGAAUUUUAUGUUACAUCGGCAUCCCUGCAUCCUGAAGUAUAUCUCCUCGUGGAGCAAAGGUAGCAAGUUCUUUCUCGCCACGGAAGAGGCCAGGCCGUUGGUCCAGGUUAUCGAGAAGCAGAAUGUACUGCAAAUAUGUAUCGGCUUGCACAGUAUCCUGCGAGCCUUGAUAUUCCUGCACGAGACCGCACUGGCGUCGCACAACAACGUGUGCAGCAGCUCCAUUUACGUCACCGCGGAGGGAUAUUGGAAAUUGGGUGGAUUGGAGUGCCUGUGUAAAUUCGCGGACGCGACGCCGGCGUAUUAUCAGCGAAUAAAGAGCUACAGAUACGAGAAGGGGAUAUCGUCGAAUGAGGACGUAGCCGAUUUAGUUAAGACUGCUAAUCUCACUGCGAUCGAUUCGUACGCGUUUGGAGUGUUGGCGGAGGAUAUUCUGAAGAAUUUACAAGAUACAGAUGAAGCACCAAAUUUGUUGGAAUUUCGGGAGUUUUGUAGAAAGAAUCUGCAGAAUUCGGACGCGUGUCUGAGGAGUAGAUUGUUGAAUGUGCUGCAGCAUUCGUUUUUCACCCACGAAUUCAUAAGGAUACAUGCGUUUCUGGAAGAAUUGCCAUUGAAAACUGAUGUUGAAAGGGAAGAGUUUUUCACGAAAUUAAGGCAGCAAUUACAGAUGUAUCCCGAGGCUGUUGUUGCCGAACAACUAGGCAGAGUGCUUCUUUCCAGGAUAGUUUUGUUGGAUAGCACUGCCCAAGUAAAACUUUUACCUUUUAUCUUUAAACCCAAAGAUGAGAAAAACGAUUUGGGGACUAGUCUAUUCACAGUUCCUACCUUUAAGACUAUUUUAGUACCGAGACUUCUGCAAAUGUUCUGCAUUCGAGAUGUCUCUAUUCGCCUGCUGCUGCUUUCCCACUUCAGUUCGUUCGUUUACGUGUUCGAGGCGGACGAAUUGAAAAGUCACAUUCUUCCCGAGUUACUCGUCGGGAUAAAGGACACCAACGACGAUCUCGUCUGCGCCACGUUAAGGGCACUGGCCGAGAUAGUGCCGAUCCUGGGCGCGGCGACGGUUAUCGGUGGUAACAGGGGGAAAUUAUUUACGGACGGUCGGCCGAAUAAGAAGACGAUCCGCGGCAAGAACCUCGAUGACAUUAGGAAAGCUUUAACAUUCGCUCAGGAGAUGCCCGUCUUCGUGAGCGUGGACGAGAGCAACGUGCACUUGGCGGAGAGGCCGUCGCCGGACGGCGGCGAGGAUAAGAGGGAGAAGGAAUUCUCGUUCGCCGAGGAGGAGGUCACCUGGUCGGACUGGGAGACGCAGGAGCCGGUCGGCAACGGCCAUCGCCACGCGGAGGAGGCACCCGUGGACCACGUGCCAGCGGAGGUGCAAGAUAACCGCGACGCGAGCUCGUCCCCGCCUCCGCCCGAAUUGCCGUCGAGCGUCGAGAAGCCGAAGUACACGAAGAAGCUGGUGCUCUCCGACAUUACCGAGCUCGACAUAAAGAACUCGAAGGUGAUAAAGUCGCCGAAGGAGGAGUUCGACUUCUUCACGGAUAUGGAGCCUGUGAUACAGAAGACGCAGAUCUUGCACGUGCCGGAGGUGCAAUCGCCGAAGAGCAUGUUCGACGUGAAGGCGUCGGGUGCCGCUCUGGAAGAGCACGACGUUAAUGGCUGGGGCGAGGACUUGAGUGACUUAAGUAUAGACGAUACGUACGAACUGGCGGAGCAGUGAGCUUAAUAAAAAAUAUACAUAUAAAUAUAAAAGAAGAAAUCAUUCGCACAAAAGGACGCGAACGAGCUCAUACGACAAAUGAAUACUCCCGAUUGUAUCCAUUAACGUCCACUCAGUAUAUGUGAUUACCAACACCAUGUAAACUACCCAAAUAAGUAUUUUUAAUAAAUGUAAAAUAUAUGAUGGGCUAAAGUUAUACAAUA